AUGUUUGCUUUUGGUGUGGGGAACAGAAAACCUAACAUCAUUCGCAGAGCGUCAAAUUAUUUUCUUGGUGGAUGGCAUAAUGAUAGUCGGGGAAACAAGAUAGCAAACCCUGCUGGCGACACCUGGGCAAUCAAUCUAGGUCUCUGCCCCUGCGCUGCGAGAAGAGCUCUCGGGUUUUUGGUCCGCUGGUUUGAGGGCGCUCUUUAUAUCUUUCCCUAUGAAUUCCUAUUACCUUCAGGCUCAUUUCAUUUUGAUAUAUACGUAUGUCCUAGCUGCUCGACACUCAGCCAUGUACCAUCCCCACCUACAAGCCUCUUGCAAAAGAAGAGCAGUUUCCCACCUCGAAAUUCCGUUGUGUUUCUAGCAGUAACCGACGGAAAGGACAUUGAUAUCCUGCAUGAUAUUCAUCUGCAGCAUGCGUUUUUCAUGAUCUCAUUCGAGAGCGUCAUAGUAGAGGAAGUUUCCGAAUCCCAAGAUGUGGAACUUAUCGUUCUCUUCCGGGCUGCCACUGGUCGCUUCAGUGAUCAGACUGCGCCAGUCAUCGACUUCAGGGGCCCGCUCACACGAGCUGCAUGUGCAAAACUAGCCCCAAUCGGUAGCUAUGGGUUGUCUAUCACACCUUAA